GGAAUUUUUCUCAUUUUUGUGACUCAUUUAAACCUAAAAAAUACUAGCUUCAAAUGUGAGAUAGAUUAUAGUAAAACUUGAGCAUCUUGUUACAAAAUACGUUGGGCGUCACAAUUUUGAGAACCUGUAGCAUGAAGGGUUUAGUUAAGAUGUAUUAAAUCAUGGUUAAUAAUGUGAAGGCGCAGAUUCAUACAGCGGCGGGUUGUUGACAUUGUUUAAAUUUGAUAAACCCGGCCAUCUGCAACUUAAUAAACCCCGGGCAACUUUUUACCGCAUCUUUUUCUUCAUGUUUUCGUUAACAUAAAAAGAGCCUUCAUAUUCCAUCUGCUUUUAAAGUAUUUUGGUGGUUGCCAUAUAUAAGCCUCACCAUGGACUCGGGUUUUUCCAGUGCUCUCAGUUCAGCAAGCACUGCCCCCCCCGCGGAGCCCCAGGGCGCAGGCCUGUGGGAAGCACAAGGUGUGAGGACAGCGCAGGGCCGUGCCGGACUGCGGAAGGUGGCGCGGGUGUCAGGCCAGGGGACUGGGGCGAGCGGGGGCCGUCGGAAAGUUUGGGGUGUGCACAUGACGCAAGGCAGGGACCACAGCAGCGUGACGUUCGCGCUUUUUUUCGUCUUAGUGGCAGAGCCCUCUGUUUCGGGAAGCCCAACAUUGUCAUUCUGAGGUGAGCAGAGUUUGGGACCUGGUUCCGCUCUGCAGCUCAUCGUGCACAUUACUCAAUUUGAGUAGUUCCGACACCACUCAGUGUGUCUGAAACCAGAAUGCACUUUUUCCACCAUCUCCCUGUCCUUGCCCGUCCUGUUUCCAGUGCCUCAGGCUGGCAGCCUCGGUGGCCCUGGCUCUGCUCUCUCCUCGGGACCGAGCUGCCAUGGGCAAGCAAGUCUUCCUCGAGGCCCUUCCUCUCGCCUUAUCUGUUCUUACCUCUCCCUGGACAGAGCGUGGAGACCACCACUCACUGCCUGGGGGUCCUCAGAGGCUGACGCGGGGCCUCAGCCUGUUGGAUGGAGGUUUUAGGUGUUGGGAGUGGGGGUUGGUGCAGUUCACAACAGGAAGACGGGCCUGUAGCAUGGGGAGCGUCUGUUGCGGUUCUUGGGGAGCGUGGCCGGGAAGGGCAGGUGGCACGUGGGGUGGGUGCCACAUAUAGUUGUUAAUAUUCUGUUUUCUCAUAGUGUUCUCACAGAAACACUCAUUGAUGCCACAGGUUGUUCUUUUUUAAAGAUUUCAGUUUCUUUCUCAUUAGCAAGGUAGACCAUCUGCUGGUGUAUUCUGCUUUCUCGUAGAGAGGGGUGCGGGCCUGAAGAAAGAGUUAAUGCACCUAACACAGUCAGGCGUGGAAACCAUGUCCUACAUCCUGGGGUCCAUCCAUGGUUUCCAGGAGUGUGUGGCCACAUAAAAAGCCAUGUGGUAGAGAGUUUCAGGGAGCUGGGGGGAAGUUUUCUCAUAAUAGGUAAUCUUAAUUCAGAAAUACAAAGAAAUCUAGACGUAAAUGUUCUUCUGUUUCUUUCAGUUUCCUUGACACAUAGCCUAAAGUAUAAAAAUGUAAGAUUUUAGAUGCUGAUUAUAUAGCAAGAAUUAAACAAAAUCUUGGUGUCGUUGGUUUUUAGUUAUGUAACAUUUUUACUGUUUCAUAGAAAAUGUCAUUUUGGAUACAGAAGAUUUCGGAGACUAAUAUAAAUACAUUUACGAACCCACCACCUAGGUUUUCCUCUUUCCUAAAAGAAAAGCAAGCCCUCGGCAGGUAGAUGAGGCGCCCGUUGUGCUCUCCCUAUUUUGUCUUCCAGCUUUGUUCCCAAAUCUACCUUCUCAUGCUGCCUGCCUUCCCAGAGUUGGUUAUUAUUUUGAAGACAUCAUGCAUCUUCCCAAGCGUGUUUUUCUACUUUUACUUUAACAUAUAGAAUUGUUUUACGUGUGUUAAAAAUUCCAUCACGGGUCCUCUGCUGGUGCUGGUCACUGCCUAAGUGCCGUUCAGUCCUCCUCCUCCUCCAGGGGCGGGGGUGCGAGUGUUGUCUUGGCGGGCUGUUUCAGGGCUCGGCGCAGACCGCUCAGCGCCACGCUGCACGGUGCUGCCCCCUCCGUGGGCCCACGGGCCCCUCCGGAAAACACACAUACGUGAUGGAGCCUCGUCCUGUGCAGGCAGCAGUCUGGUCCCGCAGAACCUGCCUGGGAGUGCGCGCCCAGGAGCAGGAGAGAAGAACAAAAGUCGCCCUCACUCUAGGGGAGAAUAUAAUGUUUACAGUACCUUUCAAAGUCAUGAACCAGAGUUUGACUAUUUGAAAAGUCUAGAAAUUGAGGAAAAAAUUAAUAAAAUUAGGUGGUUACCACAACAGAAUGCUGCGCAUUUUCUACUCUCUACAAAUGAUAAAACUAUUAAAUUAUGGAAAAUAAGCGAACGGGACAAAAGAGCAGAAGGUUAUAACUUGAAAGAUGAAGAUGGACGGCUUCGAGACCCAUUUCGAAUUACAGCACUGCGGGUUCCAAAAUUGAAGCCCAUGGAUCUUAUGGUAGAAGCAAGUCCACGACGAAUUUUUGCAAAUGCUCACACAUAUCAUAUAAAUUCCAUUUCAGUAAAUAGUGAUCAUGAAACAUAUCUUUCUGCAGAUGACCUGAGAAUUAAUCUAUGGCAUUUAGAAAUCACAGAUAGAAGUUUUAACAUCGUGGACAUCAAGCCUGUGAACAUGGAGGAGCUGACGGAGGUGAUCACCGCGGCCGAGUUCCACCCGCACCAGUGCAACGUGUUUGUGUACAGCAGCAGCAAAGGGACCGUCCGACUGUGUGACAUGCGCUCUUCAGCCCUGUGUGACAGACACUCCAAGUUUUUUGAAGAGCCUGAAGAUCCCAGCAGUAGGUCCUUCUUCUCAGAAAUAAUCUCCUCCAUCUCCGACGUAAAAUUCAGUCACAGCGGUCGGUACAUGAUGACCCGAGACUACCUGUCAGUGAAGGUGUGGGACCUCAACAUGGAGAGCCGGCCCGUGGAGACCCACCAGGUCCACGAGUACCUGCGAAGCAAGCUUUGUUCUCUGUAUGAAAACGACUGCAUCUUCGACAAGUUUGAGUGCUGCUGGAGCGGUUCGGACAGUGCGAUCAUGACGGGGUCCUACAACAACUUCUUCAGGAUGUUUGAUCGGAAUACACGGAGGGAUGUCACGCUGGAAGCUUCCCGGGAGAACAGCAAGCCUCGAGCCAGCUUAAAGCCUCGGAAAGUGUGUACAGGCGGUAAGAGAAAGAAGGACGAGAUUAGUGUGGACAGUCUGGACUUCAAUAAGAAGAUCCUGCACACGGCCUGGCACCCGGCAGAGAACAUUAUCGCCGUGGCCGCCACCAACAACCUGUACAUCUUCCAGGACAAAGUCAACUAAGGAAGCCAGCGCGGGGACUGGGCCCGGCUGUCUUCUCUGAGGAGGGGCGCGGCCUCCUCCCGGUGAGGAGCAGCAAGGUGCUGCCCGCUCCCCUUCACAGACUGGAGGGGCCGGUCUUCCACCCGCAGCGAGGCGGGCCAGGUCGCUGCUCCGCGGAAGACCCACUCACCCACUCAGCGCCGCAUUGGUGGACAGUGCUCAGUAACGGCCAUUACUCAGAAUAAAUGUAUUUAUUUCAGUCUGAGCCUUGCUUUCCAGUUUGUAGACCAAAAAGGUAACACCCAAGAGAAAAGUUGUCUGAUGGAAUGUCUGUCCCUCUGCAGCCCUCCCCCCCCCCCCCCCCCCCCCCAACCUCCCGCCUCUGCUGGCGGGCGCCCCCCCCCCCCCCCCCGCCUUCCUCCGAGCCCAGCUGGCCUCCAUUGCGGGCAUGGGUUCGCCAAGCAGGCUCAGGCAGCUUUACUCCCCCCCCACACCUGUAUCUACCAUCACGCCUUCUGGUGUGACCACCGAAUAAAAGCCACACAUUCUAAAACGUGUUUUUAAAUCCAA